UUUUUUCUUUUCUUUUUUCUUUUUUGUCUAAAACAUUUCUUAUAUGUUAUAUAUAAAAAGGUGUGAUUGAGGUUCAUUCACAAAACAAAAGCUAAAGCUAAAGGAAUUGUAUUUAGAGAUUGGCAAAUGGGAAGGGAGUUCAGUUUGGAGCUUGGUCUUUGGCCAUCUUCUUCUGCUUCAGAAUCAACCUUCCAAUUCUCUGCAAUUCCCAUGAUGACUUUGCCAUUUACUUUGAGCCAUCAUCAGCAGCAGCAACAGAUCAUGGUUUUCUAUAAUGGAGCACUUUCCAUCUGUGACUUCACUGAACUUCAGGCAAGAGCCAUAAUAUGGGUUGGAAGCCAAGAGAGAAGUGGAAAUGUGAGAUGUAGGAACCCAGAAUGGUUGAAUAUGCAAAUGUUAAAGAGUGGGAAUGGGAAUGGGAAUGCAGGUUUCUCCAUUAAGAAAUCUCUGCAGAAAUUCUUACAAAGGAGAAAGAUGAGAAGAAUUCGAACAAUGUCUCCAUAUCACAAACUGUAAUGAACAAAACCAUUGAUCCAAUUCAAACGAUGAAUCAAACAGUUCUCAAUUGCACUAUGAUUCUACAAACAUUUUUGUAUUGUUGAACGAAAUAAGACAAGAAAAAGUUCCUACAAGAAAAGAAUUUGUUUGUUCCUGUAUUUUACACAACCCCAAGUUAAGGGACAAAAGAUAUAUCUAUCACGAGCAUGUGAUCCCUUUCCCGGGUGGGGUCAGGAUGUUUAGCAAUAAAGAAAUUAAUCUCUGGAACGAGAAAUUGCAUCUCUAGCGUUAUAGUAUUUGACAACAAGAAAGAAGCAUUGUAAAAGAAUUCAACACAUUCAGGGAAAGGGAUUAGAAGUUGGGCCAAAAGGUGCAUUUACAUUUGAAUUGAGAGUAAAAGCAACAGCCCAACUAUAAGUUGAGUGAGAAACACUUCCUAAAGCCCAGCCCAUUGAUGUAAAGACAGGGAGAGCUAGAAUGUUACUGCCAAGUAAAGAGACAACAUAUACUUCUAAUCCAGUUGUGAGAGACCAUCGAAAGAAUGGCCUUGAGAAACUUUGAACAAACAUACAUUUUCCAAAAAAAAAAAAAAA